ACACUGAAGAACCGGGCCAAGGCCUGGUUCAUGACACUUGCACCUGGCUCUCUCACUACAUGGACCGAGGUGUACUCAAAGUUCAUUGGGAGGUUUUACUCCCAUCAGAAGACUCAGGAGCUCCGGUCGCAGAUCGUCUCGUUUGCUCAAUUACCGAAUGAGUCUCUUCAUGAGGCUUGGGAGCGGUUCAAGGAUCUCCAACGGCAGUGCCCCCAUCACAACCUCUCCCCAGGGCUACUCAUGAACUACUUCUAUGAUUCCCUCCACCAGAACUUGCAGUAUAUGGUCGACAACGCGGCAAGAGGUAAUAUCGGAGCAAGGACAGCUGAGGAGAU